AUGCAAAUCAUUUUCAAAGAUUUCAAAAAACAGACUAUUCCAAUUGAUGUGGAAUUGACUGAUACAGUUGCGUCAGCUAAGGAAAAACUCGCACAAGAGAAGGAUUGCGCCUCGUCACAAAUUAAGCUAGUUUAUUCGGGUAAGGUUUUACAGGACGACAAAACUUUAGAAUCAUGUAAACUUAAAGAAGGCGCAUCGAUAAUAUUUAUGAUCUCAAAGGCCAAAGAGACUCCAACUCCUGCCCCCGAGAGUUUGGCACCUGCUGCUGAAGCAGCUGUUUCAGCAUCAACUGGUGAUUCAACAAAGGUUGAGCCAGCAGGAUCAACCCCAACGGCCCCAGCUACUAAUUCGGAAACUGCUGCUAAUACUGAAAGCACCACCGGCUCAGCUGCUGCUGCUGCUGCUGAAACUAGCGAAUCAGCUUUUGCUUUGGGCAGUGAAAGGGAGACAACAAUACAAAAUAUCAUGGAGAUGGGUUAUGAACGACCCCAAGUGGAAGCAGCAUUGAGAGCCGCUUUUAAUAACCCGCAUCGUGCCGUUGAAUAUUUAAUAAGUGGUAUCCCCGAAUCAUUACAACGUCCUGCUGUACCUACAGCAAGUGGAGCCGCACCAUUAGCUGAAUCAACGACGGCCGAAGUAUCUCGUGCUGAUGAUGAUGAAGAAGAAGGUGAUGCAGAAGAAAAUGCAGGAGAAGAAAACUUGUUUGAACAAGCAGCUGCAGCAGCUGCAGCACAAGAGCAAGGUGGUGCUGGAGGUGCUGGAGUAGCAGGCCCUGGCUUAGGAUCAGGAUCAGGAGCAGGCAUUGGAGGAGGAGGAGAAGAUCAGCAAAUGCAAUUAUUGAGAGCUGCAUUACAGUCCAACCCAGAAUUGAUUCAACCUUUAUUAGAGCAAUUGGCCGCAUCCAACCCACAAAUUGCCAAUUUGAUACAACAAGAUCCUGAAACAUUUAUUAGAACAUUUUUAGGUGCUGGAGGAGAAGAUUUAGGGUUUGAGAUUGAAGGGGAGGAAGGCGCCGUUGGAGAAGGGGGCGAAGGUCAAGAUCCAGAAGGCACUAUACGUAUACAAUUGUCUGAACAGGAUCAAAAUGCCAUUAAUAGGUUAUGUGAGUUGGGAUUUGAACGUGAUUUGGUGAUACAAGUGUAUUUGGCUUGUGAUAAGAAUGAGGAAGUGGCUGCGGACAUAUUAUUUAGAGAUAUGUAG